CUUGGGUCCCGCACCCACCCUAUCCUUCACCCUACUUUCCGCUCGUUCACUCCAGCUCUUGACUCAAAAUAUCUCUUAUCGACUCUCUUUUGUGAAUGUUGACAAUGUCCGAAUAGUCCAGAUUUCUCAAUGCCAAGAACCUCAUGACUCGGUGCAAUCACCUUUUGUCUCUACUGACCGUUCUAUCCUGAUGUGCGCUCAAGCUGGACACAUGGUUUCUCUAUCAAAAUAACUCUGCUGUCGGGACCUGUGAAAUAGCUGUUUAUGACUUGAUAUGACUCUUCCUUUUGCACCUUGACAUCGGUCCCUAAAGUUAUGGCGCACCCGCAACUCUAUCCACUUCGAGUCAACCCAAAGACUAGGGAACCAUACCUCCAGCUUCCGAGUCCUCACGAAAACAUCAUAAUCACUCCUCCGCGUCUGAGCGAUGUUCCAGAAAUCGUCAAGAAUCUGAACGAUUUCUCGGUGUACAAAUGGCUCUCGGGGCCGCCUUAUCCUUACCUUGACAGUCACGCCGACGAAUGGCUAGCUUCACUCAGGAGUGACUGCGAUAUGCUCUUGGAAGAGCUAGAGCUUGCUGCGAAGAAAGAUCCGGAGGCCUCUCCGAUCAUUGUCGGCGGGUGUCCUGUUAGGACUCUAAGAGAAGUCCGAGCUGACGGAACGGAAGUGUUUUUGGGAGAUAUUGGUGUGGACCGUUGUGGUUAUCCGGAUCUAGAGGCUUCGUUUGAAAAGGAGAGGUUAAUAGAGAAGAACUCCCAAAGACUCGCUGGUGAUCCAGAAAUUGCCUGGUGUAUUGGCUAUUAUCUUGCUGCCUCUCAUCACGGACGAGGCAUCAUGACUGCUGCACUUAGAACCCUUAUAAGCGAAUGGAUGAUCCCCCGUAUGGGUGCACACCUCAUUCGAGCAGAAGCCUUCAAGGGUAAUGCAGGUAGUCGAAAGGUAUUUGAGAAAAAUGGGUUCACUUUAGAGAAGAUUGUAGACUUUACGAGAACGACACAGAAUGGUCAGACGCAGCAGGGCAUGUAUGUUCUCUUAUGGCGUUCGUAGUCUGAAGAUGAAUCGCUCUAUUCUCUGUGACUGCGUACGUCUGCUACUUGCCAGAGCGAUCUUUAGCACC